AUGAUCCACGGACCAUGUGGCAAACUCAAUCCGAAUGCUCCCUGUAUGGAACAACGUCCUGGUACGAGCAUAAAACAGUGCUCAAAAAGAUACCCAAAACAACUCUUGCAAGAAACAGAAACUGGUGAUGAUGGAUAUCCAUUGUACAGGAGAAGAAGUACGAAUGAUGGUGGUCACACGGCCGAAAUCAAAGUGAGAGUUAACAACUCCGUUCAAACGAUAGUGGUUGACAACAAAUGGGUUGUACCAUAUUGUCCACUACUCUCCCGGAUCUUUGAUGCUCACAUUAAUGUGGAAUAUUGCAACUCAGUAAAAUCAAUUAAAUACAUCUGCAAAUAUGUCAACAAGGGGAGUGAUCAAGCUGUAUUUGGCUUGGAAAAAGACGGAACAGCCGUUGAUGAAAUCACACAGUAUCAGUUGGGUAGAUACAUCAGUAGUAAUGAGGCAGUUUGGCGAAUUCUGGAUUUCUCAAUUCAUGAACGACAUCCAACGGUAGUUCAUUUGGCUGUACAUUUGGAAAAUGGUCAGCGCGUUUACUUUACAACAGACAAUAUCCAUAAGAAAGUCAAUGAACCACCAAGAACAACACUAACAGCAUUUUUUCUGCUUUGUCAGAAAGACGACUUCGCUCAGACGCUCCUGUAUUGUGAUGUUCCAAAGUAUUAUACAUGGGAUGCUUCCGGAAAAGUCUUUAAGCGCCGUGUUCAAGGAACUUCAGUGCAGGGUUAUCCGAACAUUAGAGAAACAGAUGCUCUGGGUCGUGUCUAUACUAUCCAUCCAAAUAACUUUGAAUGCUUCUUCGUGCGGCUCUUACUUCAUACAGUUAGAGGUCCUACUUCAUUUGAAGCUCUACGAACUGUAAAUGGUCGAGUUUGUGAAACAUUUCGUCAAGCCUGCCAAUUACGUGGGUUAUUGGCAAAUGACCAGCAAUGGGAUGCUGCAAUGUCCGAAGCAGCUGUAGCUCAAUCACCUUCACGACUCAGAAAUUUAUUUGCACUUAUACUCGCUGUCUGCAAUCCGUCAGAUCCAAAACAAUUAUAUGGGAGACAUACAAAGAAAGUCUGA